AUGCACACCAUAAAACGCCGCCUCUCCUCCACCGGCCGAGCGCAAAGACAAUCCUCCCUCCAAGCCCAAAAUGCAGACGCCGACCUCGCGAAAAUGGGCUACACAUCCGACCUCCCACGCUCUCUCAGCAUGUUAAGCAUUCUAGGCCUAUCUUUCGCCAUCAUGGCCGUGCCCUUCGGCCUCUCCACCACCCUCUACAUCACCUUAACCGACGGCCAAUCCGUCACGAUAAUCUGGGGAUGGGUGUUGGUGUCGCUGAUAAGUUUGAGCAUUGCGGCGAGUUUGGCGGAGAUUUGUGCGGUGUAUCCUACGGCUGGGGGUGUAUACUACUGGUCCGCAAUGAUGUCGACACGAAAAUACGCCCCUAUCGCUUCCUGGAUCACGGGCUGGUUCAACCUCGUGGGAAACUGGACCGUGACCCUCUCCAUCAACUUCUCGGGAGCACAACUGAUUCUCUCGGCCAUAGGAUUGUGGCGAGAAGACUGGAGUGCGAAUUCCUGGCAAACAGUGCUCAUGUUCUGGGCAUGGAUGGGAGUAUGUUUCGCCGUCAACGCCUUCGGGAGCAAAUACCUGGACUUGAUCAAUAAGGUUUGUAUUUCCUGGACGGCGGCGAGCGUGCUGAUAAUUAUCGUGACGUUGCUGGCGAUGAGCGAUAACUAUCGCAGCGGGGAGUUUGUUUUUGCGCAUUAUGAUGCGAGUGCCAGCGGGUGGCCGGAUGGUUGGGCGUUUUUCGUCGGAUUGCUGCAGGCGGCGUAUACGUUGACGGGAUAUGGAUUGGUGGCGUCGAUGUGUGAGGAAGUACAGAAUCCUGCGAGAGAGGUUCCUAAAGCUAUGGUAUUGUCCGUUGCCGCGGCGGGCGUUACGGGGAUCAUUUAUUUGAUCCCACUUCUGUUUGUUUUGCCGGACAUUCAGACGCUGUUGGAUGUGGCGAGCGGACAGCCUAUUGGGACACUUUUCAAGAUUGUCACUGGUUCGGCCGCAGGAGGUUUUGGGCUGUUGUUUUUGAUCUUGGGCAUCUUGUUCUUUGCUGGUGUUGGCGCUCUCACGGCGUCGAGUCGAUGCACGUAUGCGUUUGCGAGAGAUGGUGCCAUUCCUGGAUACAAAUGGCUGGGCACAACGAACAAGACUCUCGAUAUUCCACUUUGGGGCCUGGUUUUGUCGACUAUUGUCGACUGUCUGCUAGGUCUGAUCUACUUUGGCUCGACAGCUGCAUUCAACAGCUUCACUGGUGUAGCCACCAUCUGUCUGUCAUGCGGAUACGGCCUACCCAUCCUGGUAUCUGUGCUACGAGGAAGGAAAAUGGUAAAGUACUCGUCCUUCCCUCUGGGAAAGUUCGGUUUUGCCAUUAACAUUUUGUGUCUUUGCUGGAUUGCUUUGGCCAUUGCACUUUUCUGCAUGCCAGUCAGUCUCCCAGUCACCGCUGGAUCAAUGAACUACGCUAGCGUUGUCUUUGUUGGAUUCGCAGCAAUGAGUUUUGCUUGGUACAUCAUCCACGGCCGAAAGAACUUCACUGGUCCUCCCGUCGUGCAAGAUGCGGAUCCUACGCUCGAGGGUAAGCCGCAUCCGAUUGAUGAAGAUGGAGAGUUAGGGGUGGAGACGGAAACUAAGCUGGCCAUGAAAGAAUCAUGA